AUGAGCACAUCUGCCGUCCUCUUUAACGCAUUGGUCAAGCCUAUGGAGAUUAUGAUGAAAGAUCCAUCCAUUUUCUUCGUCAAGCUUUACACAGGUUACUUCUACGGCGUCUUCUAUACAUUCUUUGAGGUCUUUCCUCUCGUCUUUCCAGUGAUGUAUGGAUUCAAUCUUGGGCAAAGUGGCCUUACAUUCUUGUCUUGUCUUGUCGGCGUCAUUAUCGGGCUUGCCGCCUAUUUUGCGUACCUGCAGUUCUAUAUGGUUCCCGAUAACAUCAAUCGUGGCUUCAGAGAACAGGAACACCGACUUGUUCCUGCCAUCAUUGGAUCAUUUUUGUUGCCAAUCGGCCUCUUCAUCUUCGCGUGGACAGCCGAUCCUAGCAUUCGUUAG